AAGGGGGGGGGGACAAUGUACAUCAAGGCGAUCGUGCUGGACGGCUUCAAGUCGUACGCCCAACGCACAGAGAUCUGCGACUGGGAUCCGCUGUUCAACGCCAUCACGGGGCUCAAUGGAAGCGGCAAAUCCAACAUCCUGGACGCCGUUUGCUUCGUGCUCGGCAUCUCCAACCUGUCUCAGGUGAGAGCAGCAAGUCUGCAGGAGCUGGUCUACAAGAACGGCCAGGCUGGCGUUACAAAGGCAACCGUCUCCAUUACAUUCGACAACCGUGACCGGAAACAGAGCCCCCUGGGGUUCGAAGGCCAUGCGGAAAUCACCGUCACCAGACAGGUGGUGAUUGGCGGCAGGAACAAGUAUCUGAUCAACGGGGUGAACGCCACCACGGCGCGUGUGCAGGACCUCUUCCGCUCUGUGGGCCUCAACGUCAACAACCCCCACUUCCUCAUCAUGCAGGGUCGCAUCACCAAGGUUUUGAACAUGAAGCCUCCUGAGAUCCUGGCGAUGAUUGAGGAGGCUGCGGGGACCAGGAUGUAUGAGAGCAAGAAACUGGCAGCGCAGAAGACUAUCGAGAAGAAGGAGGCCAAACUUAAGGAGAUCAACGACGUUCUGGAGGAGGAAAUUUCUCCAACGCUGGAAAAACUCAAACAGGAGCGCACCUCCUACCUGGAAUACAGCAAGCUGUGCCGGGAGCUGGAUUCUCUCCGGCGCCUGGUGAUCGCUCACCAGUUCUUCACGGCGAGCCAGGGCCAGGAAAACGCCGCUCUGCACCUCCAGAAGCUGCGUACUGAUGAGCAGGAGGCGCGAGAGGAGGUAGAGAGGCUGGAGGAGGAGGAGAAGAAGAGGGAGGGAGAGCUGCGGGAGAUGGAGAGGAAAAGGGACAAGGAACAUGGUGAGGAUCUGUCCCGUGUGGAGGAGGCCCUGACCCAGGCCCAGCGUGCCCACGCCAAGGCCCAGAGCACCCUGGACAUCCGCACAGAGGCCCUGGCUACGGAGCAGGCGCACAGGGAGCAGCUGCUCGCUCACAUGCAGGAGGACGCCAGUGCCCGCGACGCCAAGCGCUCCCAGGUAGUGGCGCUGGAGGCGGCGCUGGCGUCGGCGUUGGCAUGCUCCCAGGAAGCGGCGAGGGGCCUGCAAGAAGCUCAGGCGCGCUUCGCGGCGGCCUCGGUGGGCCUCUCGGAGGAUGGGCAAGGCGGCCACGCCGCCACGCUGGCCGAGCAGAUCCUGAAGUGCCGCCAGGAGGCCAGCCAGGCCCAGACUGAAGCUGCGCAGGCUCAGAUGAAGCUGUCCCACGUGCAGCGCGAGCUGCAGCAGCGCAAGGCGGAGGAGGGCCGCACCACGGAAGCCUACACUCGCGACCAGCAGGCUCUGUCUCGCUUGAAGACCCGAGCCCAGGGCCUACUCAGGGACAUGGCCGCCCUGGGCUACACGGAGGGCCAGCUGGAGAUGCUGCAGAAGAAGAUGAAGGAGCUGGCCGCGGAGGAGUCGGCGAUGAGAGAAAAAGUAGACCGGGCGGUCGCCAGCAUGCCCCAGCUCCAGUUUGAUUACCGGGACCCCGAGCGGGGCUGGGACCGUGGCCGUGUGCGGGGCCUGGUGGCGUCUUUGCUCCGCGUGGAGGAUCCUGCAUCCGCCACUGCUCUGGAGGUGGUGGCCGGGGGUAAACUCUACAACGUGGUGACUGACACCGAGUUGACAGGGAAGCUCCUGCUGGAGCGUGGCUGCCUACGGCGCAGAGUCACGGUGAUUCCGCUGAACAAGAUCAGCCCCAGCGUCACCCCCCCCAGCGUCACCACCAUUGCGCGCAGCCUCGCGGACGGUGUCUCUCCCGCGCUGUCCCUCGUGUCUCCGCGCUCUCCCUGUGAUCUCCCUGCGCUGGAGUUUGUUUUCGGCGCGGCGUUCGUCUGCCCGACGAUGGACGCGGCGCGUGCCGUGGCCUUCGACCCUCGGGUGUCCACGCGGGCGGUGACGCUGGACGGGGACUCCUUCAGUCCGCACGGCACACUCACUGGGGGGGGCGCGGGCACAGUGGAGCAGCUGCUCACCCUGCAGGAUAAGCUUAAAGAGUUGGAGGAGAAGGGGAAGAGGAUGGACGAGGAGGCUCGCACACUCACCAAGCUCGCAGAGAGGCACCGUGAGCUGUGCCAGCAGCAGGAGUUGGUGGCGCAGGAGGUGGAGCAGCUGCAGCAGAAGCUGGAGCUCAGCACUCACCACAAGCUCCAGACGGAGCUCGCCGCGCUCGCCACCUCCAUCG